GUUACGAGUUGUGGAAGUUAAUGCUAGGAAAAGUGGUGGAGAAUUCUCAACUGCAGUUGCAACACCAAUAUCACCAUCAGUUAAACUUGAAGGAGAAGGAAAGCUAGAUGGACAAUUUGAUAUUACACCACAACCGUGUUCAAGCAAAAUUGUGGUCGAGUCUAAAAAAGAUGGAUCUAGCUUGCUAGAAGAUCGAAACAAUGAGUGGCCAUUCAACAGUGUUUGUGAAUCGCUUUGUGUAGCGUUAUUUCAUCCUUGCUGGGAAGUUCGACACGGUGCAUGUAUUGGCUUACGGGAAAUUCUCAAAGUUCACGGGUAUGGGGCCGGACGUCGAGUUGGAUUGACGAAAGAGGAAAAUGAAAUUAGGAAUAAUAAAUGGUUGGAAGAUGUUGCUAUUCGUUUACUUUGUGUGUUUGCGCUUGACCGUUUUGGCGAUUAUGUUUCAGAUCAGGUCGUAGCACCUGUACGUGAAACUUGUUCGCAGACAAUGGGUGCCCUUCUUCGAUACAUGUCUCCUCGAGGUGUAGAGAAUGUCCAUGGGGUUUUAUUGCAAAUGAUCUAUCAAUCAGAUACAUGUGAUGGAAAACCAUCGAUAUGGGAGGUUAGACACGCCGGAAUGUUGGGUCUAAAGUAUGCCGUCGCAGUACGCAAGGAUCUUGUGAAUGACAUUUUAGAUGGUAUAGUCGAUGCAGUAAUAGUUGGAUUAAAAGAUAGUGAUGAUGAUGUUCGAGCAGUCGCAGCAUCUAUCUUGAUACCUAUCGCUGACUACUUUGUCGAACUUUCUGCGAAGAAAAUACCGGAAAUUGUGUCAGUAUUGUGGGAUUGCCUCAAAGACCUUAAAGAUGAUUUGACAGCUUCUACAGCCAGU